GAAAACCCUCAACUACUUAAGGAUGGCGACAUUGUGCUGGGUGGACUCUUCUCUUUCCAUACGAACUGGAAAGAAAUUAAGGAAAACUUCAUGGAAAAACCAAAGCCACUUCAGUGCAUAAGUUUAAAUUUCAGAGAAUUCCAGUUAGCCCAGGCUAUGCGUUUUGCUAUUGAGGAGAUAAAUAAUAGCUCAGAUCUACUACCAGGGAUUUCUCUGGGCUAUAAUGUGUAUGAUACCUGUGGCUCCAAUGCCAGAAGCAUAAAAGCUGCUCUGGCCUUGAUUAAUGGUAAUGAAAACGAUCCUGCAACCCUAAAGGCAUGUACCAAACCUGCACAAGUUCAGGCUAUAAUGGGAGAAGCCUCCUCCUCUCCGAGCAUGGCGAUAUCCACCGUUAUCGGACCUUUUCAUAUCCCACUGAUCAGCCACUAUGCUACAUGUGCUUGCCUCAGUGAUAAAUCGAAGUACCCAUCGUUUCUCAGAACCAUACCCAGUGAUCACUAUCAGAGCAGAGCUCUGGCCCACUUGGUCAAACACUUUGGUUGGACUUGGGUUGGAGCUAUAAGAUCAAAUGAAGAUUAUGGGAAUAACGGCAUGGCUAUUUUCACUGAAACUGCCCUAGAAGUUGGAAUUUGCUUGGAGUACUCUCUGCCUUUCUUUAGAACAGAUUCAUCAGAAAAAAUACAAAAGAUCAUUGACAUUAUCAAGGCCUCAACGUCAAAAGUCAUUGUGGCUUUUCUCUCUCACAUGGAUAUGGAAGUAAUUGUAUACGAGUUGUCCAAAAACAACUUGACGGGUUACCAGUGGGUCGGUACUGAGGCAUGGAUCUUUGACUCUCAAACUGCAACAAGGGAUAAAAAUCACAUCUUGGAUGGAGCGAUAGGGCUUUACAUCCCUAAAGCACAUGUUAGUGGGCUUGCAGAAUUCAUGCUGGAUGUGAAGCCACUUAAUUCAUCAGAUGAUGGUUUGUUCACAGAGUUCUGGGAGGCUUUAUUUAGCUGUAAAUUCAAACUUUCGCAGGCUGGAGAGCCUCAGAGAGAAUGUACCGGUCAUGAGGAUCUGACUGGAGUGGAAAACAUUUUUACUGACAUGUCACACAUGCCCAUUUUUAACAAUGUCUAUAAAGGAGUGUAUGCAGUGGCCCAUGCUUUGCAUAAUAUUCUUGAGUGUAAAGAAACAUGUAACAACAGUGUGAAGCUAGAGCCACUCAUGGUUUUACAGCAAAUCCGAAAGGUUGCCUUUAAGACGAAGGAAGGAGAUGAGGUGUACUUUAAUGAGAACGGUGAUCCAGUAGCUAAGUAUGAGAUUAUCAACUGGCAGCCAAAACCAAACGGCCACGUGGACUUUGUCACAGUCGGUGUUUAUGAUGCAUCUUUACCUGCAGAGAAACAAAUGAAUUUGCUAAACAAGUCUUUGACUUGGGCACAACGGUCUCUUCAGGUUCCUACAUCAAUUUGCAGCGAGAACUGUCGUCCAGGAACACGAAAGGUUCUGCAGAAAGGAAAACCCGUUUGCUGCCAUGACUGUGUAUGGUGUGCAGAGGGAGAAAUUAGCAACAUCACAGACGCCAUCACAUGUGUGAGAUGUCCCCCAGAAUUCUGGUCAAAUGAGGAAAGAGACACCUGUGUGAUGAAGAAGACUGAGUUUCUGUCAUAUGAAGAGAUUAUGGGAGCUCUUCUCGCUGCAGCCACUGGAUUUGGAACAUGUCUGACUGCUGCUGUAGCUUUCAUUUUCUUCAGAUACAGAAACACUCCUCUAGUCAGAGCUAACAACUCAGAGCUGAGCUUCCUGCUGCUCUUCUCCUUGACUCUGUGUUUCCUCUGCUCUCUGACCUUCAUCGGACGUCCAUCAGAGUGGUCCUGCAUGCUUCGUCACACAGCCUUUGGUAUUGCCUUUGUCCUCUGCAUCUCCUGUGUUCUGGGGAAAACCAUGGUGGUCCUAAUGGCAUUUAAAGCAACACUUCCAGGGACAAACAUCAUGAGAUGGUUUGGGCCUACUCAGCAGAGACUCAGUGUUCUGGGUUUCACUUUUAUACAAGUGAUCAUAUGUAUCCUCUGGUUGACCAUUUCUCCUCCGUUUCCAUCUGAAAAUUUGAAAGAUUUUAAAGACAAAAUCAUCGUGGAGUGUUCUCUGGGCUCGGCUGUGGGCUUCUGGUCUGUGCUCGGGUACAUUGGACUUCUGGCUGUGUUGUGUUUCAUUUUUGCUUUUCUGGCUCGUAAACUGCCCGAUAACUUCAACGAAGCUAAAUUCAUCACCUUCAGCAUGUUGAUAUUCUGUGCCGUUUGGAUCACUUUCAUCCCAGCGUAUGUCAGCUCCCCUGGAAAGUUCAGUGUUGCUGUUGAAAUCUUUGCUAUUCUAGCUUCUAGCUUAGGAUUGUUAAUUUGUAUUUUCAUCCCAAAGUGUUACAUCAUGUUGAUGAAGCCAGAGAAAAACACAAAGAAGAACAUGAUGGGAAAGGGACUUCCUAAGGGUUCCUGAUAAUAGAAAGUGACACAAUAUUAAAGGUCUUUUUUUCACAAUUUUCUUCUAUUUAUGAAAUACAUUAUUGAACCUCCUUGAGUCAUUAUAUUUGCUUCGUCUACUUCAUCAACAAAGUCAAAUUGUCAUGUUCUGUGUCCCUUUUGGGCCAUUUCCAUCUGUACCGGGUUGGCCCGGGCCGGGUAGCCCCAGUCGGCCCCAGCCUGGCCUGGUUGAUUCCACACAUCCUUGCCUUAAGCCCAUGUGGGCUGAUUCUACCCACCAAUCAGAGGCUUGCUCUAAUGGAAGGUGUGAAUUUGCUGUCAGCAGUGGGUGUGUUGGCCCUGGUUGGCCUGAAGCAGACCCCCUCGAGAAGAGGGCUGAGAAUGAGCCUUGGUUGGCCCGGAAAAAUACCAGGCCACCCAGAUAUGUAAACAACCUACGCUACCCGGCCCGACCCGGUACAGAUGGGAAUGGCCCAUUUGUUCCCCAGCUCCUUCAGUUCCCACUCCUUGCUCUCCUUUUGUGUUCUCUUACCGCCCUCAUGUGUCCCUUGUCUGCAUCUCUGCUGUGUGUCUUAAGUUGUAGCUCCAGUCUCUUGUUCCCCAGUUCAUUGUAAGUGUGUACGAGUUUGUUGUGUCAGUAUGUGUAUGUGUUUGUGUGAGUCCUUCUCUUAGCCUUUAGGUUUAGUUUUGUGUUUUAUAUAGUUUUAGGUUUUUCUGCCCUCCACUGGUUCUCUUCCCCAUCCAGAUAAUUGUUGUCACCUGCCUUCCCUCCAGCCUCACUCCACACACCUGCUUCCUGUUUCCCUAAUUGCUCCUCCCUGUCUAUAUAAGCCCUCCUUGUCUCAUUGUUCUUGUCGGUCCAUUGUUGUUUUAUGUCAGCGUUGGUUUUGUCUCUCCCUCCUGGUCUCUGGGUCUCUGCUCAUGAAGUGAGCUUUUGGAUAUUGGCUCCCCACCCCUUUGGAUUUACUUGGUUUUUGGUUCACCUUAAAAUAAAGGAUUUUACUUUACAUCAUCUCCUGCCUCGUGUCAUCCUGGGUUUCUGCAAUUUGGUUUCUACCAUCCCUCCAAAAUGUGACACAAAUGUCUUGAAAGAUUUUGCAUUGAUUUCCAGUUUUCAUGAAUCUAAAUAUAUUGUUGUCUUAUUCAAUUCAGUGUGCUAAUCAGUCUGUGUUCUUACAUUUUAAAUGUGUUUGUGCACUUUAUCAUUGGCAUCGUAAAUACAGUUUAUGUAACCCAAAAAACACCCGCUUAAGCCUACUUUAUUUUGCAAAUGAGAAAUAUAUUGUAUGGAUUUACAUUUUUAUAUUGUGCCUCUCAAGACAAAAACCACAAAGAUUUCUCAAGGACAAAAAAAUUACAUGACUAAAGAUAUUUUUAAAAUUGGAAAAGUAAAAAGUGUGAUUAAAAAAGUGAGGUAAAUGAAAAAAAAUGAAUGUAGAGAAGGUAGUGAUGCAGAAUCAAUUGAAGUCCAUGCAAAAGACACCUAAAUACAAUCACCGCAGGUGUUUAAAUACAUCUAGAACAUCUGGAGAAGUCAUGAAAAUAUUGAAGUGCUGCAACACCACCCUCAUUACUGUAAACAAAUCCCCGACUCAUCUGUCCAUCUCUUGCACCAAAAAUUGGGGGAAAAAAAUUAGAAGAAAUACAAAAAUGAAUGAAAAUAUGUAAAAUGGGAUCCUGAGAAAGGCAGAGUUGUUAGAAACAGCAGCAUAAAAAAGGUAGUGAUGAAGAAUCAACAGAAGGUCAUACAAAAGCCUGUCUGAACAGAUUCAUUUCAGAUGAUUUUUAAAGGAGACCACUGAGUCCACUGAUCUCAAGCUCAGGGGGAGAGGUCCAGAGUCUGGGAGCCACAGCAGCAAAUUUGGUCUUUAGCCUGGUGCGCUGCACAACCAUCACUUUAGGAUGGGGAAGUGCCCAGGUGGGUCAUAGCUCGGCUAGGCUGGGAUGAUACUGACAUGUAGAGGAACUCGAUUUUUCAACUUGAGUGCCUUAGCUUGAUCAGGAGAAGGCCAGUUUGGGUUGACUUCUUCCAGACCAUGGUGUAUACAUGCGCUUCAAAAGUCAGAAUUUAUUCUGACUGUGGCAAUAAUUUGGUUUUCUCUAGCUGCAUGUUAACCCGCUUUGUGAUGGGUUCAUGUGCUUCAGCAGCAAUGCUUCAUGGAUGAGAGUCUGAAUAGUUUUAUAAUGGAGUGGUUGAAAUGUGCCCAGUGAUGGGGUGGUGACCUGUCCAAGUGUCACCAACUUCUCGCCUGAUGGCCACUGGAGAUAUACAACCAGCUCCCUGCAACCCUGGUGAGGACGGAGGGAUGAUUUUUUUUCUUUAUGUUGGAAAAAAUGUAAAAAAAUGAGAGAAAUAAAAGCUUUAGCAAACCAAUACCCCCCUCCCCCCCCCCAAUAAAUAAAUAAAAGAUACAUAAUUUUAAAAAGAUGAGUUCUUUCCACAGUAGGCUACGUUCAACGAACUCAGUUUAAAUCUAUUUAUUUAUUUUUUGUUCUUUUGGGCCAUCUUAGUAAACCAGGUCCACGGAGACUGACGUUUUUGUGUUAUGUGCUUGCUGCUCCUAAUUGCAUAAAUAUCAGUGAACAUUUGGAGCUUGCACUAAUAUUCCUGUGACGCCACCCAGCUGUUUGACGUUUCUGCUCAGCAUGACA